UCAUCUCAUCAAAUCAUCAACACCAACUUGAAAGCAAGCUUGCUUUGAUAUCUUUAUUCAAUUCAUACACUUAAUUACUCAUUAAUUAUUACAUGGGGUUGAUCAUGAAGAGACUUGUUGGGAUUUCCGAAGCAAAGAAGAAGCUCGCAAGGACGCUCUCUCCUAACAAGAAAGGGAGCAUUAGGGCGACGAAAGAUGACAAAGUCGCCGUUCCGAAGGGCCACUUUCCGGUGUACGUCGGGGAGGCGAGGCGGCGGUUCGUGGUUCCGAUAGAGUACUUGGAGCAUGCACUGUUCCGGGAUCUGUUGGACUGGGCGGAGCAGGAGUUUGGGUACGAGCACCCUACCGGGGGACUCACUAUCCCAUGCACUGAGGACUACUUCUUGAGCCUCACGUCCCUCCUCAUGAUCAAUUCCAAAUAAAUAUAAACUUCGAGGAAAUGAUAGAUAGCUAUAGUUAGAGGAUGUAUUGUAUAGUCACAGACGCCGGCGUUAGUGUCGACUACAAAAUUAUAAUGAAUUAUAUUGAAUUCAAACAAGUCUUCCUACAAAAUUAUUCUUGAUAUUGUUUUUACUCUUCAUGCAGCAGUAUUUCGUUUCCUCGACGUUUGGUUCAUUGGAUUCGAAAGAAAUAAAAAGAAUAUGAUAUG